UCCGACCACAAGCCUAUCUCGCCCACUAAUGCCUUGAAAAUUCGGAAAAAAAUAUUUUCGUAUGUAUUUUUCACAGAAAAAACGAUUAAGACCAAAAUCACAACCCAAAAGCCAAAACUCGCGAAAAUAUAGCUAAAAAACGAAAUUCAAAAAGUCAAAAUUAACUUUUCCCGCAACUUCAAUCGCCUGUUGCGCAAAUGUGUGAUUUCUCGUGAAAAAAGUUUUAAUUAUUUUUUAAAGUACAAAGUUCGACGAAUAAAAGCUGAUAAUUAUUUUUUGGAUAAAUUACAGGCAAGUUUGAAAAGUUUCCCAUCAAAUUUAAUUUUAUAGGGUGUCCUAAUUCCGACCACCAAUGAUUUGGCUGUAUACUUAAAAUUUUUAUUUUCCUGGAUUUUCGAAAAAAACGUCAAAACGUAAUAAAUGGUGUGCUGAUGCAAUGAACAAAGCUGUAAAAGCUGUAAGAAACUGAGAAUGUGGGUAUCUAAAGGCGUCCAAACAAUUUUCAAGUGUUUUAAAUGGGGACAUGAGAUUUGUGAUACGACGUCAGAAAAAUGUAAAAAAAAUUGAAUAUUUGUUCCCCUUUUGCUUAAAUAAUUAAUUUCCUUUCUAUUGGUGUCAUUUUAAUUCAUAAUCAACGAUGUUGAGGUAUUAUUUACCUUCUUUUUUUCAAUUUUUUUGGGGUGGUCGGAAUUAGGACACCAUUUUUGCAAUUUUCAAUUUUCUCACUUUUUGGAAAAAACGCCAUGAAAAAUCAGCGGAGGGGUUUUAGGUUUAGUGACUUUAGGGCAUUAAACUAGAGGCAUGUGGCUAUCAUUUGAGCCAUUGUGCGCGAACCUAGGUCAAUUACAGGUCUUUUUAUUCCAAAAAUAAACUAGGUGGUCGACAUUCGGGCACCUUACCCUUACCUAUAAGAAAUCGAGACAUUGAACUUACUACAUCGACUACCUUGAAAAAUAAUGUUUAUAAACAAAACAUUUUGUGUCCACAUAACACAGAUGUAGGUAUUUAUGGCGCUUAAAUUUUAAUGAACUUGAAAUUUCAAAUCAGUUCCUAAAUAUUUAAAGGCAUACCUACCUAAUGCAUAACAUGCACUCAUAGUACUUUCUCAUUGCAAAAGAAACGAUUCGUUUCAAGCUAAACCUCGCACAUGCUUAAUAACCCUACGUAGUAUUCCAAGUUUUAUCAAAUAAAACACUAUUUAUUCCAACCCUCGUAGUAACAACGAACUUCCUGCACCCCAAAUCCAAUUACCAAGGGGGUUAACACUAUUUCGAAACUAUAGCAACGUAUAUUUUUAAUCUCAUCUGUCAGAAUUCUUAAAACCGCCGAGUCGUAUUAAAAAAAAACACAUCGAAAAUGGACGCAGAAAUAGAAGAAUUAUGUAAAUUUUUUCUAUCACUGAAUAAGAAAGAAGAAUCUUCAAUGAACGAGGAAAAACUAAUUAUUCUCGCAGACGAAAAUAUCUUUCAAGAUAUACGAAACUUCGAUAAUUACGUUAGAAAAUACGGACACACGGGAGGUUGGGAUGACGGAGAUCACAGCGUGUUCGUCAAUUUGAGCCGGAAACAUAAUUUACAAAGUGUAAUAUACCACUUGAGGUAUAAUUUUCCAGAUAUUAGCGAAGAAGAAAUAAUUGAACACGAUAAAUGGUACAAAGAGUAUCUGAAGUUGAAAUCAUUGCAACAAAGAGCGUUCAAAUUUUGGAAUAUAAAGAAAAAAGAAAAUAACGAUAAAAGUAGACCGCAAACGGCAUCAACUGUAUCGAGUGAUACAAGUCGUUCCAUCAAAGAAAUUCAAAAGAAACACGAAGAUUUAAAAAUCAAAAUACAAGAAUGGAAACGAUACAAAGAAGAGAUGAAACGGAACGAAGAAAGAAUUAAAUUAGCGAAAGCGAGAGAAGCGUUUGAAAAAGCAAAAAUUCGAAAAUUAAUUCAAGAAAAAAAGAAGAAAGCGAUAAUGGAACACAGAAAUGAAAAAAUACAAAUUCAAAAAGCAAUGUGGAUAGCUAGACUCGUUGACGAAAACAAAAAGAUCAAAUUGAAAAGAAAUAUUGCCAAUAAAAUGCUUCCAGUUUUCAGGCAUAAAGACGAGCAAGUUAUAGGAAAACUUCAAGACAGACGUAAACGUAUCGAAGAAAAAAGAAACGAACAACAAUUAAUGUAUCAAAAAUUAGCCACGAAGUAUCGUAAAUCAAUCAACGUACGAAGAGACCCGACCAGAUUAUUACAUUCGACUGUUGAAUGGAGGCGAAAAAUUCUCACAGACGAUGACGACGAUAACGUGGAAAUUUUCCCAAAACCGAGCGAUAUAAUGAAUAUUCCUCGAUUAGCUGUGCCGAAUUGGCGAAAAAACUUAAACAGAGAUUUAUAAAAAAAAAAUUAUCUAAUGGUGAAAAAGUCAAUAUUACAAAACUGUAAAAAUAUUCAAUAAAGUAUUCAAAUCAAGCACAUCUAUUGUCUAAAUUUGAUGACGUAAAAUGCAAACGUAUUGAUGUAAUUUUACAUCGUGAUCAUAUGAUCAAGUCUGAAUAUUAUACAUCUCUACUUUGAAACAAACACCGAACAAAUUAUCACGUCCA